AUGCUUCAUGAUUGUGGGAUGCUAGAGUUUCCUUUCACGGGGGACAUGCUCUCUUGGGUAGGGAAGAGAGCAGGAGGAACAACCGUUCGAUGUCGUUUAGACAGAGCGGUUGGAAAUGCAGAUUGGCACGAGAACUUUCCUCACUCAACUGUGAAGUAUUUGAGGCUAUGGGGAUCAGACCAUCGUCCGAUUCUCGCAGACAUACUCAUUAAGCCGACUAGAAGAUCAAAAAAAUUCAAAUUUGACAAAAGAUGGUUAGAUAAUGAGGAGCUAAGGCAAGUCAUUCUGGAGGGAUGGAAAUCUCCUGAUCUUCCCCCCAACGCGAACAUAAUGGAACAUAUUUCCAGCUGCCGAAAAGCCUUGAGUGAAUGGAGGAGACAACAUAAUAUUAAUUCAGCAAAGCUAGUAGAGGAGCUCAAGGAGAAAGUUGAGGGCCUAUACGCAGACGAUAAUGCGACGACUGAGGAAAUUGCAGCAGCGUUGAAUGAACUCUCUGAUGCUCUUAAAGCAGAGGAAAUGUUCUGGAAACAGAAGAGUAGAGUGUUUUGGCUGAGAGAGGGAGAUAAAAAUACUAAAUUCUUCCAUGCCCUAACGAAGCAAAGGAGAGCAAGGAACAAAAUCACGCAGUUACUGGAUGCAAAUGGUAACAUAGUUGAGGACGAGGAAGGCCUGGUAGCCAUUGCUACUAGCUAUUUUCGGCAAAUCUUUGAGUCUUCUAUUCCAGAAGAUAUUGAAGAGGCGCUGUCUGAAGUUCCGACGACGGUUACGGGAUCAAUGAAUGACAACCUCACAGCUCCUGUUUCUGAUUGGGAAGUCAAACUAGCUCUUUUUGCCAUGCAUCCAGACAAGGCACCGGGACCAGAUGGGAUGACUGCACUUUUUUAUCAAAAGUUUUGGGAUAUAGUCAAGGAGGAUUUAACUCUUAUGGUUAAUAAAUUCCUUUUUGAUGGGACUGUGACUAAUGGAUUGAAUGAUACAAAUAUAUGUCUUAUCCCAAAGACAACUAAGCCAAAUGAUAUGGCUCAAUUCAGACCCAUAAGCCUAUGUAAUGUCAGCUACAAGAUCAUAUCUAAAGUCUUAUGCCAGAGACUAAAGAAAGUCUUGCCAGGAUUGAUAUCAGAAACCCAGUCAGCCUUUGUUGCGGGAAGACAGAUCUCAGAUAAUAUCAUGAUUGCUCAAGAGAUGUUUCAUGCCCUGCGAACUAAACCGAGUGGACGUAAUAAGAGGAUGGCCAUCAAGACAGACAUGAGUAAAGCAUAUGAUAGGAUGGAAUGGUCGUUUAUUGAAACUGUGAUGCGAAAGAUGGGAUUCUCGGAAACAUGGAUUACAUGGAUCAUGAGGUGCAUUACGUCGGUGAAAUAUAAAGUUCUUAUGAAUGGGCAGCCAAGAGGACAUAUUGUUCCAGAAGUAAUGAAAGUAGUCAGGACAUAUGGUAGAGCAUCUGGCCAAUGUAUCAAUUUCGACAAAUCUUCCUUACUCUUUGGUAAGAGGAUUAAUGCAGCUACUAGGCAAGAGAUCAAAGAUGUACUUGGAAUACAUAAUGAUGGUGGGAUGGGAAAGUACUUGGGAAUCCCAGAGGAUAUUAGUGGCUCCAAAUGUAAACUCUUUGCAUUUUUAAAGGACAAUCUGAUGCACAGAGUUAAUGGAUGGACAGGUAGAUGCCUCUCAAAAGGGGGGAAGGAGGUAAUGAUCAAAUCCAUCUUACUCGCUCUUCCGACAUACGUUAUGUCAACAUUUCUGCUCCCAUUGGAGAUUUGUGAGAACCUCGCUAGUGCCAUUGCACAAUUUUGGUGGAGCUCAAAUCCACCAAAAAGAGGAAUACAUUGGGCGAAAUGGGAAAAGGUUUGUCUACCAAAAGAAGAGGGCGGGAUUGGUUUCCGUUUAAUCCAUGAAUUUAAUCUAGCACUAUUGGCAAAGCAAUUAUGGAGAUUGACUCAGUACCCUGAUUCACUGGUUGCCCGAGUUUUGAGAGGCAGGUACUAUAGGAUGACCUCGCCAUUACGAGCAGUCUCUGCAAGUAACCCAUCAUAUGUGUGGACAAGCAUUUACGCUGCAAGAAAGCUUUUGCUUCUCGGGAUCAGACAGAAGAUUCAUUCUGGUUAUGAGAUCAAGGUGUGGGAGGACCAAUGGAUCCCAACGAUACCUGCUAGACCAGCUACACCUGUAGCACCUGUAAUGCAUCCGAAUAUGAGAGUUAGUGACCUCAUUAACCAAGAAUUGAAGGAAUGGGAUGUAGGGCUACUAGAGAAUUAUGUCCACCCCGAUGACAUACCACUCAUUCGUAGUAUGGCUAUAAGUUCUACCCAUCGCCGUGAUACCUUCUGCUGGAACUACACGAAGAAUGGCCAAUACACUGUUAAAUCUGGAUACUGGGUUGCUCGAAAUCUGAUGAAGCCAGAAGAGGAAAAGGAAAUACUGGAACCAAGUGGCAGUAACGAGGAAUCUCGCAAGGCGGAAUAUGAGAUGGAUCUUGGACAGCUUCAGAUCGCUUUAGUGGAUGUGGAUGGGUCUGGAUGGAUAGCGGGGAGAACACACAACUUAUGGGAACACGGAAUUUCAUUCGAUGUGAAUCAGCUUUGCAUUCGGAGGUAG